GCUAAUGCAAGAGCUUGACCGGUUGCCGUAGGUCCAAGGCAGUAAGGCAGACACAGCCAGGAUGAUGGGCAACCAAUUGCGAACAUCAAGGUCUCCCCAGCCUGAUGACUCUGGUCGACAAAGAGUCAUGACAGUGUUCGCAUGUCGGACACAUAAAGCUCGUAGACCCUCGAUCCGGACAUCAUGAGACAACUUCGCUAUCCAUGCUCUCCGCAACUCUUCGGGGUGUCAGGAAUGUUCGUGGUAGAGGGAAGAAGUACCUUUGCGCCACAUCCUGAUGGAAAUCGUUGCUCAGCAACUGGCAUUUGGCCAGGACAUACCAUUCUCAGGUACGACAUCAUGGACAAGUGAUUCUGACGAAAUGGUGUACCAGUUCAAAGAACGACCUGGCCACCACCCAAAAGUGAACGCACCCAACCCUGAUCAAUGGAGAGGGAUCAAAGACAUAUUCACACAGCUGUACCUUACCGAGAAUCGGAAACUGAAGGAUGUCAAGUCUAUCUUGUCAAGAAAGCAUGGCUUCAAUGCCAGUGAGAAAAUGUACAAAAGACGUAUCACGGAGUGGAAGAUACGCAAGAACUACAAGGCUCAGGAGAAGGAGGUCCUUGCCAAAAGAGUACAGGCGUAUGUGAAUUCCGGGCGUGAUAUUCAGUCUUUGUCAUUCAAUGGCAGACCCGUCAAACUCGACCGUGUCAAGCGGCAUUGUCCUGAUAAGCAGCUCUGGGAUCAGCUGAUGCAAAGCCCCGAAGCAACUUCGGGUACAGAUGCAACUACCGUCAAGGAAGAUACUCCUUCCACGACGACUCCUACCAAGCUUACGCCCGCAACUAAGUCAAGUUCUUCGCCAAUGCACUCAGACUUACAAAUGGCGGAAGCCACUACGCUAAACAGUGUUUCCUUCGAUAUCAACAUAAGUCCACCAACCGAACUGCACACGGUCGAGAGCACUUUGUUCCAUACCCGGGAGUCGAUUCGCUGGCAGUUCACCAGCUUCAAGCCUCUCAAAGUGGAAGAGCUUCGAAUUCGUUUUCCAGGAGAUAUUCCUGAUGAAGUCAGUACAGGACGACUCGAUCAAGCAUCAGCCUUCUGGCUGUUACUCCACCAUGGCUUCAGCCUUUUGCAUUCCAGGAGGUCAAGUGAGGGUUUCAAGAAUCUUGACGACUGCUGCAAGAUGAUACAGCCUCUCCUCAAAUCGGCGCCCCUCCAUCUUCUAUCAUGUUUGCUUCUCAAUUUCGCAAUUGCGUGGAAAGACAUGAACGAUCUGGAGCAAAAACUGCUAGAAUUUGUCUCAGAAAUGGCAUGCAAAGUCCUUGGCCCAUAUCAUCCACUUUCCAAAGCCACGAAGAUGAUAGUUUCGGACAGCACCCGCGAGCAUGUUGUCGAGCCUAUGAUGAACAUGAUAGUCCAGGGUUACCGUUCUGCUCGCAAGCUUAGCAGCUCUUCGGUGUUCGCUUUACGAGUUGAUCAGAUCGACCUACUGCGUAAACGCAAAAGAUUUGAUCAGGCAGUCAACCUUUGCCAACAGUUGAUCGACGACAGUAAGUCCAUGCGUCCAAAACGAUACCGCACCGCCCUGGCAGCUUUCGGGAGGCUCCGUCUUGAGCAAAAUGAUGAGUUUGCCGUCGAGGGCAUUGCGCACAGGAUCCUCGAACAUGCCAAUUCUGAUCCUGUGAUGUCAAACAGUGGCGGUACUACGACAUGGGCAUGCGAACAGCUGGCGGUCUCGGCCACGAAUCGAGGAGACUACAAUUCGGCAGAGAUGUACCUACGUCGGGCAGUAGGACUGUCUCACCAAGAGUAUUUGCAUCGCGGCCCUUCGACGGAGUUACUUCUGGAAAAAUUGGAAGUUUGUCUAAGGCAACAAGGUCGGAAAGUGAAGAUAGACAAGAUUUGCACGGAGAUGGGUCUUCCGGUGGGACGACUCAUAGGGUAGAGGUGACCCAUGGUUGCUGGGCUGUAGCAGUGAGCAAUCUCAGCAUGUCUUUCCCAUCCGAAACACCACCACAUCCAGUUGAAAUCCUAUGGU